AUGCGUAGUACACCCUCGGGUACUCCGCCGGACGGUCCAAGCGGUCCAGGUUCAAAGGAACCUAUAGUGCAGGUCGAUGUUGCCGAUUUAUGGUUUACCAAUGCUUGCAGCUUAGGAGGGAAAUGGGGCGAACUAAUGGCAAGAACCCACAUAAGCACCAUUAUCGGUAUCCCCGAGACGUGGUUGACGGAGGGCCAGGCGGUCACUGCUCCCCACAAUCAUAUCCGGUAUAGGCAGGACAGAAUAGAUGGCAGUCUCGGUGGUGGGGUACUACUAAUGUCCAAGGGAACCACACGUGAAAGUGUUGGAACCUUUGAGAUGGCUAACGGUAACAUAGCCAGUACAGAUAACGACCGGGCUGAGACGCUGAUGGACUACUUCAAAAGUGUCUAUCGUUCAUCUCAGGGUGAUGGAGCCCGGAACCCUCUGUCCAAGGGAACCACACGUGAAAGUGUUGGAACCUUUGAGAUGGCUAACGGUAACAUAGCUAGUACAGACAAGGACCGGGCUGAGGCGCUGAUGGACUACUUCAAAAGUGUCUAUCGUUCAUCUCAGGGUGAUGGAGCCCGGAACCCUCUGGUGGAUACCAUUGGAAGCGAACUGCAGAUGUUAAUCGUGAAUGAGGAGGAGGUACGAACCGAGCUCAGAAGCCUGUACAAGUAUAAGGUGGCGGACCCGGAUGAGAUCCACCCAGCUUAUGUUCAGCCACAAGCUGAGAUCAUACUAGGACCUGUCACUGACUUAUUCAAGGCCUCACUGACAUUCGGGGUAGUGCCAGAGGACUGGCGGAGGGCAACCGUGGUAGCAAUGUACAAGACGGGGCCUAGAUAG